AUGACAUUCCAUCCCGACACUCUUCCAGAUCUCAAAGGCAAAGUUUUCAUUGUUACUGGUGGAAACUCUGGCAUAGGCUAUUAUACAGUAGCUCGCCUAGCCGAACAUGGUGCGCAUGUUUACCUGGGCGCUCGAAAUAAGGCGAAAGGCAUCGCAGCCAUCGCCAGUAUUAAGGAGAUGUUCCCCUCCAAAGAUCUCAACAUCGAUCUCCUCCAGAUGGAUCUGAUGGACCUAAGCAGCGUAGUCGCAGCUGCUAAACGAUUUCUCAAUCUGGAAACAGCACUGCACGGCCUCAUCAACAACGCAGGAAUUAUGGCAACACCUUUCGAAAUGACCAAAGAUGGUCACGAAGCACAGUGGCAGACAAAUUAUCUCUCCCACUGGGUUUUGACGGAGCUGCUUCUUCCUCUGAUGCUAAAGACAGCAACCAACCUUCCUCCUGGAAGCGUGCGUGUUGUCAACCUCACUUCGUCAGGCCACUUAAGCGCACCUAAAGGUGGCAUCAACUUCGACGACUUGUCACUCAAGGAUAGUGGCACGUGGCAGCGAUACGGACAAAGCAAAUUGGCCAACAUUCUCCAUACGAGGACCUUGAACAAAAGGUACGGCCCAGCCUCCGCUGGUGCCCUGAAAGGCGAAGGGGGGAUUUGGGUUUCAUGUGUGCAUCCAGGUUUGGUGGAGACGAACCUCGCGAAUUCUGUUGCAGAGUCCGGGUCGCUGUUGACUAAAGUCCUUCCAAUUGUACGGAUGGUGGGAUUGACGCUUACCGCGGAUAAGGGUUCAUGGAGCAGUCUGUUUGGUGUGGCAAGUCCAGAUAUGAAGGCGGAAGAGAGUGGCAUGUAUUUCGAGGUAUUCAAACGUCUUGGGGAGCCGUGGUGGCAGAGUGGCGAUGCGAAGAACGCAGAACUGGCAGAGAAGUUGGAGGUGUGGACUAAGGAGAUAAUGAAAAAGGAGGGAUGGGUCCAGUAA